GAAAUACUACCAAAAUGAGCCGAGUCACUGAGCCGACUCUUUCUCCGAGGAUAGCGCUCGUGCACGAGCAAAGCGGAAUGCGCGGUGUACGUGUGUGCGCUGUUGCGAAGGCUGGCAGUGUCGCGCACGCGCUCGCAGGCAGUCUUUACCGGAGGAGGAGGCGCGCACGUCACGAAUCCGCAGCGACCGAAAGAUGCUGCUGCGAGGCCGCUUAGAAGAAAGGGUCAUUUAAUCUCUUUUCAUAUAUACCCGCCUUUUGGUACAUGCCAAGAAAACAGAUGGCGAUGUAUACGGACGAGACGCCUGCACCCGCACGUGAGUCGUCAUCAUGAUUUUAAGCGUAUUUUAAAGGUGGAAGCACAUCCGGCGCUUUCUGGAUCACAGGAUUGUCGGCAGCGCGACUCAUUGAGGCGCAAGGCCCUGAUGCCAAACGCAGAUUUCCACCACUGGAUUUAGAGGAAGAGCUCGGGGCAGCGAGGAACCAGGAUGAGUGGAGGACAGGAGCAGACUGACAUCCUGUCUCCCGCUUCACUGGUCAGAGAGCGAUGGAAAGUGCUAAAGAAAAUUGGUGGUGGUGGCUUCGGGGAGAUCUACGAGGCAUUAGACCUGCAAACCAAGCACAGUGUAGCACUUAAGGUGGAGUCGGCCCAGCAGCCCAAGCAAGUGCUGAAGAUGGAGGUGGCUGUGCUGAAGAAACUACAGGGUAAGGACCAUGUGUGCCGCUUUGUGGGAUGUGGUCGAAAUGAUCGUUUCAACUAUGUGGUCAUGGAGUUACAGGGUUGUAAUUUGGCGGAUAUGAGGAGAAGUACAAACCGUGGGACGUUCACUGUGAGCACUAUGCUCAGACUCGGUCGGCAGAUACUAAAAGCUAUUGAGAGCAUCCACUCGGUUGGCUUCCUGCACCGCGACAUCAAACCGUCCAACUUUGCCAUGGGACGCUUCCCCUGCACUCGGCGGAUCUGCUACAUGCUGGACUUCGGUUUGGCACGCCAGUUCACAAAUUCAUCCCAGGAAGUCAGACCACCACGACGUGUGGCGGGGUUUAGGGGCACAGUACGAUAUGCUUCAGUCAACGCUCACAAAAACAAGGAAAUGGGCAGGCAUGAUGACUUGUGGUCUCUCUUCUACAUGCUGGUGGAGUUCUUGGUUGGUCAACUACCUUGGAGGAAGAUCAAGGACAAGGAGCAAGUGGGGAAGCUCAAAGAGGCAUAUGACCAUCGCCUCAUGCUGAAGCAUUUACCCUCAGAGUUCAGCAUCUUCCUGGACCAUAUUAGCAGCUUGGACUACUAUACCAAACCCAACUAUGAGCUUUUGAUGACAGUUUUUGAGAACAGUAUGAAAACCUAUAACGUGGUGGAAAAUGACCCAUACGAUUGGGAAAGGACGAGCACAGAUGGUGCUCUUAAUACGCCUACAGCUGCCAACGUGCCUCAGCAUCACACACGCCUCACGCCUGCCUGCAUGGGGGUGGCCAAUGCCUCUGUGGUGCUUGGAGACCUUCUGAAGGAGAACACAGAUGAAGUCCUGCAGGACGAGCAGCUUAGUGAUGGAGACAACAACGUUGGGCCUGAGCAUCAGCAUGCCUCUCCCGUCCUUCCUAUGAGAAACCCGGAAGCUGAUGGUUGGGAGGAUCUGGACCGCAAUAGUAACCUUAUCCGCUUCCCUUGCUGGAAGGGCCCCACAGAGGAGGAGCACAGUAACAAGGGCAACCUAAGUCCGCACGCUAGCCCCAGCUUUGGUUCUCCUGUGUGUUUACGCUCUGAGGUUGUGCCCUCAGACAGAGAAGCUCCUCUUCUGAGGAAACUGCGCAACAUCCACAGCUUUGAGCUGGACAAGCGACUAACCUUGGAGCCCAAACCCAACACAGAGCGCUUUGUGGAAGCAUGCAGUGCGGGGAAGCAGACGGACCAGGAAGGUAAUGUUGGUGCAGUGCCGGCUGCUGCCUCCGUUCGAGUGUGGCACUAUGAUGAAGAGUUCCUGUCAGGUGAUGCAUCACCCAAACUAGCCUCCCCAGGCUCUCUAGAGCUCUGUGAUGGAGCAGCCAGUAGUGGUUUUGUAGCACUAAAUCUGAGCACAGACCAGCAGGACGUGGACUUGCAUGACUGGGUGAUGGUGGAACGUGUCUCUGACCAGCAAGAAAUUCAAGAUGUGGCCAGUAGCAGCCCAGGUCCUGAAGCUAAGCUCACUAGCAGCCCAUCGGAGGAGCCAGAGGUGGUACAGCCAAUGGAUGAGUCUCCUGAUAAGGAAGGGGUCACCCCAAGCCCCACCCUCGGACACACUAUUGCCACACUUCGAGUGGAGAGGCUUGAACUGAGUAUGGUACCAACAGCAGGUUUGCUUCCCAUUACACCCACCAGUCCUGCAGAAGCACUGGCGGAAGGAGCACUCACUCAGCUCCCCACCUCUCCUGCAUCUCUGCCAGAGGAGGUGGUGGCCCGGAAGCUUCUGCGCUCCCCCAGUCCUCAUGCCUUCCUGAGCACAUUAUCAGAUCCCCUGCACCAACGCACCCCACCCACUAUCCGCCGUAGCCAAUCCGCAGAACAUCAUAAGCAGCACCGCUCUUCCUGCUCCUCUUCCUCCCAGCCCCGCAUUACUCAAAGGAAGCUGCCAGCUAUUCCACCAGGCGCCUCCAGCACCAAGAUCCCUUCAAUCAUACGCAUCACACGCGCUCAGCUACAGCAGUUGACAGCUCAGCGUCCAUCUGCACUCUCCUCUCAGUCAGCCUCUGACAGCAUGAAACAGUGCCCCCUGCUGGAGAAUCAUGACCCUGGUGAGAAAGAAGCUCUACCACAGGAUCUCACAGUGGACAUUAACUCACCUCAGGAGCAGCCCCAGUCCCUGUGCUCCAGUCCCUCCGGUGCUGAUGCGGAAAUUCUGAAAAAUAGGAAUGGAAAUCCACAAACGCCGAGCACAGUGCCAAGCCCGGAAAUCUUACCACUUAACAGCCAUGCCGACUGUGCAGCAGAUCCUCAGAAGGUGCUACAGUCUGAGCUGAAGGACAUCAAGAGAGACUGUGAUGCUUCCACAGAUCCUGAUCAGCAACCGACAUUGAAGAACAAGGUAACAACCCCUGCUGAAAGUACAAAUCUUGCUCAGUCCUUUCCAACUACUGUCCCGUCUCGGGAUCCUAAUCGCCGGCUGAGCCGCAUCCCUGUCCUCGAGCCCUCCAGUUUGCUGCAGGAUGUUCCUCCAGGUUCGGCUAAAGAGAAACUGCUGCAGAAACGAGGCCAGCGCCUUCCCACCUCUCCCUGUGCCUCGCCAUGUGCCUCGCCCUCACUUUCCUCAGUCCAGCGUGACCGCAUGUCCUCCACUUCAGCGUCUGAGCGCUCGCAGGAUGAGGAGUCUAUACAAGGACUGAGACAGGGUGAUGACGCCCACUCGCUGUCCUCCUCCUCCAGCCCACACUCACAUAAGAGCAAAAUCCCCAGACCUGUAAGCCGCUCUUCUGCACAGGGGGAACUCGCAACCCAGUUUGUGCCUCGGCCUCCUCCAGGCAAACCACCCAGCCGUACAUCUGCAGAUGGAAGGCUGCGGCGUUAUCGGAUACGAGCGGGCAGUGCAGGAGACUCUGAGCUGAUGACGUGUCUGGCUCAGCUGAUGCGAGGUGGAACCAGCCGGUCCUCGUCGCUGCAUUCCCGCAGCUCACCGCAGCAUGUGGGCACCAGACUUGUGUGCAUCAACCAAUCUGGUAUCUCACAUCAUCACCAUCACCAUCAACAGCGCAGCUCCAGUGCUUCCCCCCGCAGCUGCUCCUCUCUACAGCGCUCCAUCAGCUCCUCACCUUCCCGGCAUGAGCACCGUGUCGGAUGCCUGCGCAGCCACUCACCCCCAAGCUUCUCGGGGUCUCCACCUUUGCGCCGCGUGCAUCCUCAUUCACAGGAGGGCAGCUGUGGCCACAAGGCCCGCUCCAAAGCUUGCAGUCGUGAGCCCAAGUGCUCCAACAAGCUGAGCAGAUAGUUUAUCCGCUUCACACAUGUACACACUCUAGUACACUCUCCUAAAUUACAAGCAGACCAGCAGACCAGGAAAAGGCUUGCAAGAUUCUUGUUUUUAUGCUUGACCAAUAUAUAUAUAUAUAUAUAUUCUCCAUAUAAUAUCCAGUCUUACUACUGCAACUCCACAGUAUUCUGCUUUGAAAAUUUGCACCCACGUCCCGCUACACGUUUGAGUCGAACAAUAUGAGAGUAUCGGCUCUUUGACCUGCAUUCUCUCUUCACUCUCAAGAUUUUUUAAGAACAGUGAGUGUAAUGCCUGUAGGAUUUUUUUUUUAAUGCAACAUCUAUUUUUUUUUUUUUCAGGUGAAUUGUAGGAUUAAUAUUUUGGUUUGUUUUAAGAGAGAAAAAUCAUGCAGCUGGAGCCCUGAUAUAAUUCGUCUAACACUAGAUGCAUGGGUUUGUGUAUUUGCAUCAAGCUCUGUAAACCUGUAAUAUAGUAUUUAUUGAAAUAUGUCCUUGAGCUCGAAUGCAUAUUGCACCCUUCUACUCCAUGCAGUGGCAGGUACACUGACAGAUUGCUGACAUUAUGUGUAAUCCCUCGAUGCCAUUGUUUUAAUUUUUUUUUUUCUUUCUGUGCCGUUUUUAACCCUCAUUCAAGCGGAGGCAGAUUGUAUUUUCUGAGGCUGCGGAAACAGAGUGUUAAAGUUAAGACUAGUGUUUCCUUUCCCAACAAGCACUAAAGCAAUCACUAAGAUUCAUGCACUUUGCUAUGUGCCUAAGGAGAGCAAGGUACGAGUUUCACAAUUAGCUGCAGAUUUGUUUUGAGCUCUGGAGCUCAUGCUGCUCUUGUAAAGGCUUGCACAAACACACAGAGAUACAGCAGAUGUACACACACUUGCGCGUGGUCUUUUUGAUUGAUCUGUCACUCUUCUGAUUUUUACUGACUGAUCGCUGUGUCCAGGGUAUCUGCGCCGUAGGCUGAAGAAGCUUCAAAGACCGUUCAAAGGGAAUGUUUUAUAUCUCGUAUCAUACAGAACUAAAAAAAAUGCAUCAAUUAUUCAUGUGAAGGGCAGAGUGGAACAGAAGAGGUUUUCACAUAGGUUUUUGAUGUGAUGAACUUAUUCUGGUCAAAUUGUUCAAAUUACCCAAGAAAUCUAAGAUCAGCUAGAGAUUUUUAAACUAGACAAUAUUAAAUUCCAAACCACAGCAGAUGUUUCUCACUUCUAGACAAAAGCUAAAAUAGUUUAAAAGCUGUAGGACACAAAAGACGUGAGGAGCCUUACUGCGCAAAAUUACACUAAAAUAAUAAGAAAAGAAAAAACAUAAAUAUGGUGUGUUGUGUUCUUUAUGUAUGUUUGUGGUGAUAUUAGAUCACAUAAAUACACAAAUGCACCAGGGUUUGAUAGAAUCAAGUGAGUCUGAAACCAGACCAGUGCUGUGGGGCAUCAGAUAAAACACUCGGUUUUGUACUGGAGAAAAUGUGUCUAGUGUGAAAACCACCUGAUGCAGUCAAUGCCAUGAUUUGAUCAAAUUUUCUGACAAGUAUGUCCUUUUCAAAUCUCACGUUUAAUCUUUAGAUACAUAAAAAUUCAUGCAAAAGGGAAUCAGUGUCAUGCGUAAUGGCUGGUCUAGUGCCAUUGGAGUCGAAACAUUUCUUGAGAAUGAAAUCUUUCUUCAGACCUGCUGAUAAAUUCCUGUUUGCUGACCUCCUUGUACUCCGUCCAUGUUAUCUCUCCUGACUGUAACACACAUCACCUCCUGCUCUCUGCAUGUGCUCUAGUUUAAACUCUCCAAACAGCAUUUCAUAUAGAUAUAAUUCAUAUAUAUAUAUAUAUAUAUAUAUAUAUAUAUAUAUAUAUAUAUAUAUAUAUAUAUAUAUAUAUAUAUAUAUAUAUAUAUAUAUAUAUAUAUAUAUAUAUACACUUCCCCAUGAAACACACUGCUAUGUUCUGAGUAGAGGUGUUUGUUUGUUUUAGUAACAUACGCCUAUUAAUCAUUUGUUCAUGUCCUUAUAUUGUCAGUUUCAGUCUCAGCUUCUCUCCACCACCACUACAGCAUUUCAACAUUUUCAACAUUUAUUACAUCUGUGGUUUUGCGAGAGCAUGUAGUGUGCAUAUUGAUCAAAAUUUACAUAUACACCAAUCAGGCAUAACAUUAUGAACAGUGACAGGUGAUGUGAAUAACACUGAAUAUCUCCUCAUCAUGGCACCUGUUAGUGGGUGGGAUAUAUUAGGCAGCAGGUGAACAUUUUGUCCUCAAAGUUGAUGUGUUAGAAGCAGGAAAAAUGGACAGGGGUAAGGAUUUGAGCAAGUUUGACGAAGGGCGAAAUUGUGAUGGCUAGACGACUGGAUCAGAGCAUCUCCAAAACUGCAGCUCUUGUGGGGUGUUCCCAGUCUGCAGUGGUCAGUAUCUAUCAAAAGUGGUUCAAAAAAAGAACAGUGGUGAACCGGUGACAGGGUCAUGGGUGGCCAAGGAUCAUUGAUGCACGUGGGGAGUAAAAGCUGGACCGUGUGAUCCGAUCCAACAGACGAGCUACUGUUGCUCAGAUUGCUGAAGACGUUAAUGCUGGUUCUGAUAGAAAGGUGUCGGAAUACACAGUGCAUGACGGGUCAGGGCUAUUGUGGCAGCCAGAGAGGGGACCAACACGAUAUCAGGCAGGUGGUCAUAAUGUUAUGCCUGAUUGGUGUAUAUCUUGUGGCCAACCAACUUAAACCACUUUCUGGUCUCAGAAAGCCAGUUUUAAAUCAAGAAACUUUUGUGUUCAGUAUAUUAGAGUCUGAUUUAUUUUACAGAUCUUCUGCAUGCAUUGCAUUCUAUUUCCAUUGUUAAACAUUUAACUUAAUGUUAUUUUGUGCCAAGAUAGUUUGAUAGCCCAGAUGUUCAUGAUAUAGCUGUUAGGUUAAAGUGUCUAGCUGCAGAGAGUUCCUCAUCUCCAUCACUUGAUCUGGAAUUCAUCUGGUGAAGGUCAUGGCCCUGUGUAAACAUGCUAGGUGUCUUAAUGCUAGAUUAAGAUUCAGGACAUGUGAAGUGAAAUCUGUAAGACAAACAGUCUUCAUUUUGAAAAAGGUUCUUUAAACAGAAAUAAUCAUGUGUUUCAUUAUGUAAUGAAGUAUAAAACCCCUACGUACAUAUUUGCUGUAAUAGAAAAUGUUGUAGCGCUUUACAUUCCUCUAUGUUAAACGACUGGCUGCUCUUUUCCUGCUGUCAAUCUCAAUGUCUUAAUCCAUAUGAAAUUUUUAUACUGUAAAUAAGAAGCCAGGUUGCGUAGGGUAGCUUCUGCUCCCACUGCAUUUGCGCUACGUCCCCCAGUUGGACAGACCUGAAGAGUGUUACAUGAAGGUUCCAGGUUCCACCUUCUUCAUUACUGACGAUUAAAUACCACUUUCACUAGGUGUAAUAUCUGCUAAUUAUAGUUUAGCGUAUCUGAAUUCAUAUUGCAGAAUUAAAACAUUGUAUAGCCGCAGAAACAGGAAUGUUAAAGGGAGAGACCAUGUUGUACAUUACUGCAAUAUUAGUGUUCUUUUUUAAUUUGUAUCAUAUCAAUGCCUUGUACAGUGUUGUUUUCUUUUUUCAUUUAAAAUUGUUUUGUAUUUUAUUUUUAUAAACUUGUUAUGAAUAAAGUAUUUAUUCAGCAUGCCAGCAAAACCUCUA